AUGGCUGUGCGCAUGCGUAAAGUACAAGCCAUACCGCAUAGUCAGGUAACGUAUACUAGACCGGGUCAUACUUCCUCGUAGUUUAGGUCCUGAAUUUUAUGCCUGGAAUCAAAUCAACAUUUACUUCCUUGGCACGCAACCUAGGAAAGAUAUGUUGAAGAAAGAAAAAACGUUUUUAGCUUUAGGGCAUGCCAAGGAAACAAUAGCAAACUUUUUAUAUAAAAUGACGAUAGCCAAAUCCUGCUGUUUUAUUCCAGACGAAAAUAUAGACAUAAAUAACAAAACAGCAAAGAGAAAAGCGACUUCAGUUUUCCCGAUCUUUCGGACGGACGAGCCGUCCUUCUUUAGGGGAUUUAAUUGUAACAACUUUCCAAUUCUUCAUUAAAUCCCCUGAAGAAGGACGAUCGACUUGUCCGUCCGAAAUAUCGGGAAAACUCAAGUCGCUUUUCUCUUCGCUGUUUUGUCUAAACAACAGGAAACCUUACCCGAGUAUAUUUAAAUUAUUUCUGCCACAUUAUAACAUAGACAACUAGAGCAUCUUUUUGCCACUAUCACACCCAUUUCUAGUCUCCCUCGCAGCCUAUUUUAGUAUCGUCACGCAACGCUCCUCCCCACAAACGGCCGUUUGUGGGGAGGAGCGUUGCGUGACGUUACUAAAAAAGGCUGCGAGGGAGACUAACCCAUUUCCUUUUGACUAUAAUGAUACUUAUGGGGUGGACACGGGACCUAUGAAACAUUGGCUAGCCUUCCUUAACAACACCAACCCCCAUUAAAACCCCAGCAAAUCCUUUUUAACGACAGAGCACUAGGUAUUUACUCCAACCAAAAGGAGAUUAACUACAUCUCACCUUCCAAUAUUAGAGCCAGUAUUGAAACCUGCCCUGCCCAUGCCAGUUACAUAAUUUACUCCAAUUGUCUCUCCCCCCCCUUCUAUGCCCGACAUUUUAUGGGUCUUCCCUCCCCCACCCCCCAAGGUACUCGAGGUUUCUGCGAUACACGUAUUUUUAGUAACAUGGACAACUACAGCAUCUUUUUGAUUAACGAAAAGAAAAAGCUGCAAGACUAAGAAAACGUUCGCAGCUUCCUACACCGCAAGGUUAUCCCCCAAAACGGGCAAUAUAGUUACCUAACCUUAGAAUAAGAACGUGUACUGGAUAAAAAAAAUGCCUCUACCUCGACUCAGUUCAGAGUUUCCCGUGUAGCUUUCUGGCCCAUUUGUGGUCACUUGAGUGAUAAUUUUUUCCACUGUUUUGUUAGGAGUAUACUGAGAGCAAAGUAAUGGAACAUAUCACAGCGACGAGGGCUUAGAAACCUUGAAGACCUUGAAUAAAGUGAGUUAAGCUACUUUGGGUUAAAUCGCUAUUUCCCUUCAAUCCUAUGUUCCCAUAAAGAUCAGUUUUAGUUUAUUUCGACAGUUGUGAGGAGCCAGGUGUAGUUAGAGGUGCCAAUAUAAUCUAAAAUUUACUACGUCAGUCAUCAAAGCUCUGUCUUUAAAUUCGGAAAUUUUCUUGCAGAAGUGUUUUUAUUGAAAGUAGCCAAAUUAAGAUAUCAGUGACAAAUUAUUCCGUAAUAUUACUUGGUGCGAAAUUCCUGCGUUAAUUUAUAAUUUCACCAGGGAAAUUGAACAAAAAGUCUUAAUAUUCUUCAGAAAACAGUUGACUACAUGAUUGGGCAGUGUUGUGGCCUCCAAAUACUUUCUACGUGUUUCGAACACUUAAGUACAAUGUAAAUGACACUAAUGUAAUUUGCAUAAUUCGUAUUUUUAUACCACUACAUAAGAAACUUCUGCAAUUUGAUUGGCUUAGAGCAGUGGUAAAUCAGCUUAAUUUGAAAUACCUACAUGUGAAAAUGACAAACCUUUUGUCGCCUAAUGGCUCGUGAAAUUACGUCUAACAAUUUUGAAAUAUCACUCGUGGUAUUUAUGCCAAAUAUCACUACAAAUCAUGCUAUUACCCAUACAAAUUCCUGUAUCAACCCGCCAGAUAAUAAUAUUGUUAUGUUUAGCACCUUUAAAUCUCUCGUACAUAAAGGUAGCUCUAUAACUCUACUGACGUACUUAUACAAAUAUCACUUUAAUUAAAUGGACCUUUUUCCUUAUCUCUAAUAACAUUUGUGCUAAUUUGCUUUGCAAGUCUUUGUUCCACUGUGUGCUCGAAAAAGUUCGCUGUUGUUAAAAUUUAGUUGCACCAAGUUUGCUAUUCCUCGGCACCAAGAAGGCAUUCAUGUUUAAAAAUGAUGUUACGGCGUUAAAAACGCUGAAGGAAAAGGAAAAGCAAAGUUAUGAACGGCAAGAAGGGUUGUAACCGGAUUUAUUUUUUUCAAGAGAGAAUGAAUAAGCUACUAAGCUCAAUCUCUCUUGAGAAACGUCUAUGUAAUAGUUAGAAAGCGCAAAUCAUUCUUCACGGCUGCGAGCGAAAUUAGUCACCCAUGAAAGAAACUGGUAUAUCAAAUGUAUACUCGAUGAAAUAAGUACAAUCUCGUCACCAUUUGAACAUAUACUUAUUAAUUAGGCUGCUUUGAACGGGGCUGCCCCGAGCUUGUACUUUGAGCCAGGGGCACCCAACGUCAAUUUUCGGAAAAUAUCUGUUCGGAAGAAGAUUUGAGAUAUAGAAUUUUCGGAACAUUUGUUGUAAAAUUUCUUGCUUGCCUGCCUCUCCUAGGAUUUUCGAACAUCUAAAAAUGGUAUAAUUGCCCAUUUUUAACGGAUUUUUACUUUAAAAAGGUCACCUAAACUUUUCGGGAGCCUUUUUUCUGGCUGAAAUUUUCGAAAAAGUAAGGGUUGAUCUCUAUAAUUUUCGGAUCACUAGACUUUCAGCUAGGAAAUCCGAACAGAUGAAAUAUUUUGGGGGGAUAAAAAUACGUUUAAAUACUAAAAUACGUUUAACAAUGCUAUGUUUAAGUGGUUUUGAACUAUAUUCUCGUUGCGUGCCCCUGUUUCAGCCGCUUCAUCUCAGAAUGAAAAAUAACUUAAUGACGCGGAACUAAUCCUACAGUCUUUUCAAGGGUAAUAUAAGCUCAUCUUUUACUGUUAUAACACCCUUCUUUUCAGUAUAUGCUUCAAUAUGUUCUUCGUUUCAUUUCACUAAUCGUUCGUCUAGGUGCGUUGUGGUAUUAUGCCCACGUUCAUCUUGCCAGCGGCUUUGCUGAUAUUGGUGAGUAGCUUUGGCCCAUGCCAAAGACUUUGCAGUCACACCUGUAUAAAUACUGCAAAGUCACAGAUUACUUAGUUUACUUUGCUACAUCAUCAUCCAAAAAGUUAACAGUAUAUGCUUAACGCAGUGAAGUUAAUCGUUAUCUCUGUUACUCGAGAGAAUGGUGGGUGUGUGCUAGGACGAAGAGGAGGCAAUAUACUGCUUUUCAAAGAAGUGAGGCGAUUUCGGACGAAUUAACUCUAUGUUCAAUCAGGACUUAAAAGAGAAGAAGGCUUAACCAAUGGAAACGUGAAUGUAGUUGCAUCUGUCGAGUACAGUUCGAGUGUCUACUUUAGAAGGAAUGCUAAUGGCAGGUAAUCAAGCCAUGGUGUGACCAUUCUAAUGAACGCUCUUCGCUGCAUUUUUGCAUGCAUAAUUAUGUUUGCGUAGUUAAUUUGAAUUUUGGGAUUUAGGGCACUUUUUGGAAGUGGAAGACGGUUGUUUACCGAUCAAUGAUACCUCCAAAUAUGGCCCUAAUGCUCUUAGGGUCAGGCAAGGAUAUAAACUUUUUUUGAGAAAAAAAAAUCGAGCUUGAUACUGCUUCCAAUUGUUUAAAAUUUAUAGAUUUCUACACGCUGACGACAAUAGGGGCCGCGUUGCUUGAAAUUUAACGUUGGACGUAACCGCUUAUGUCGGAAAUUCAUUCCAGUUAAACUCAUUAGUUUAUAACGCUUGAAGUUAAAAAAUUGCGUCAAGUUAUGCAGCUGUGACCCCUGGAGACUUCGGUAAUAAGCGCAAUUUCUCGAACGUUCGUGUUGUUAGUUCUUGGACGUAGAUAAUGUCAAAAUAACCAUAAUACACAUAAAAGUGACCAACGAACCGUUAACACUGAACAGUGGAUAACCGUCUUAGUGCACGCUAAAAUGAGUCACAUUUAAAUUUUUUAUUAUCCAUGCACCACAUACUGAUAUUAAAUAUCGUGAACCAUAUUUGUGUUGUAGUUAAAUUUCUGUUUACUUUGAUUUCCAGGUUACUAUUUUAACCGAAGUCAUUCAGCCAUCAGUUGAACGAGCUCCUGGAAAACGCGCUGACGAAUCUGGAAUAAUGCAGCCUAGAAAAACCACAUCGAAAACGAAACGUGAACUGAGAAACAAGAACCCAAAAGACGCAUCUGCUCUCAAUAAUAUCAGAAACAGUAGCAGCCUUUCAUAUACGCAAAGGAACUCCAAAGUCUUAGAUCGUGCCAAUAAAAGCAAAUUACACCUUAAAAGCAAGUCGUCGUCAGGUAAGCCUCAAGUGAAACGUCGAUCUUCCGGACAUUUUUUGACAUGGAAUCCAUCCUACGGAAGAGAUGGCAUGAACCCUUGCGUGAGGAGGAUUAGAAAAACCUACCACAGUGAACUCAACACAAUACUUACUGAUUUUGUAUGCCGCCGUGCGACUCUCUACUGUAGUCCAAAAUCAGGCGGCGCCGGGAAAUGUAUGCCUCUUAGAGCGUUUAUUACACGUAUAAACAAGGUUUUAACAACUGGUUGUACAUGCCGCCACUAA